AUGGAUAUGAACCAUCUUAUAGGUCAGCGGUUCAACCUGAUCUCCAAGAGUGACAUUCGCUAUGUGGGCACUUUACAUGAGAUCAACCCUGAAGCCUCCACAAUAGCUCUUGAGAAUGUCGUGUCCUUCGGUACCGAGGGCCGGCGAGGCAAGCCCGAAGAUGAGCUUCCACCUGCCCCACAUAUCUAUGAAUACAUUGUGUUCCGUGGCAGCGAUGUAAAGGACAUCAGUGUAGCCGAGGACAAGAAGGAAGAUGCACCCCAAGAGCCUCAACAGGUGCCAGAUGAUCCAGCUAUUCUCGGGGUAAGUCGAACCACAAUAUCAGAGAUACUUCCCAUAGUCGUAGCUCGUGUCUCAAGUCCACCGACCUUCGCGGUCGGACCCGCCCCUCAAGGAAUUCCCCCUCAAUCCCAGACACCACAACAAUCCCAGAUGCCCCGUCCGCCGCCGCCUGGAUAUCCCCAACCACAGUUCCAGGGAGGCUUCUACCCUCCCUAUGGACAACGCUUUGGUGGACCUGGUUUCCCUCCUGGUCCAGGGUUCCCUAAUAUGCCCUAUGGAGCUCCCCCAGGAUGGUUCCCUCCCCCCGGACAAGGGUUCCCCCCGCCAGGCCAAUUUCCUCCCCAGAUGCCAAUGGGUCCUGGAGGCCAGCAUCAGACCCCCCCUCCACCGCGGCCGAUGCCCGGUGCGGGUCCCAUGAACAUGCCUAAGAACACAUCCGAACUACCCUCUGAUAAGCCCUCCAGUAAGCCUGGUAGCCGUAAUGGCACGCCUGCACCUAGUAAUGCGGCCCAAAAUGCCCCCACGCCGCCCGUUGAGUCUAAGCCGCCAGUUUCGGAGGCUCUUCAAGCGGCGACUGGUCCUACUCAAGUUACGGCUGGCACUGCUAAGGCGCCACCCACUGGACCUAGAAGCGGACGUGUGCAGCCUGCCAUACCUAUUGCCGCCCCUGGUAAGCCGCCAGUUCCUCAGGUUCCUGGCCCCGCUGGUGUCCCACAAGGCCAGGCUCAGGCAGCGAUCACUGAAGCUACUCGUGCUGCUACUGCCGCUGUAGCAGCUGCCAUGGCUAAGUUGCCCCAACCCGGUGCGCAGAAAAAGCCCGGCGAUGUCUCCGUGGAGGGUGUCACGAAGCAGAUGGCUGAAAUGAAGCCUUACGAGCACCGUGCACCCCGGGGUGGUCAUCACCCUCGUGGCGGCCGAGGUGGGGGUCACCGUGGCCAACACCAGGGCAAGAAGAUCGAGGUUCCGGAAACGGACUACGACUUCGAGACCGCCAAUGCCAAGUUUAACAAGCAGGACUUGGUCAAGGAAGCUAUUGCCACGGGCUCUCCUGUUCAUGAGGUCGAGCCUCACAUCCCCAAUGGCGAACCGGAAACUCCGGAUAGCUAUGCUGCUGCCUACAACAAGUCCAGCUCGUUCUUUGACAAUAUCUCGAGUGAAGCUAAGGAUCGCGAAGAAGGCUCUGCCGCUCGUGCCGGUGGCCGCGAGUGGCGUGGUGAAGAAGAGAAGCGUAACAUUGAAACCUUCGGUCAAGGUAGCGUCGACGGCUAUCGUGGCGGUUACCGGGGCCGUGGCAGAGGCAGAGGAUAUGGCCGUGGUCGCGGUGGCGGCUAUGGUCGAGGCUACGGUGGCCGUGGCCGUGGUGGUAUGCGUGGAGGCCGUAAUAUGUCUCAGUCCACUGGCGUCCCUGCCCAGAACUAG